AUGGCAUCACCCGAUUCGACAUCCAGUGAUGAAAUGCCAUCGUCAUCAUCAUUUUCACCCAAAUUGGUGACAUUACACGAACUUGCUAAACAAGAGAUUCGACAUGGUUUGCUAAGCGGCGAUGCACUAGCUAAUCUUCCAAAUAUCUUCGAAAUAGGUCUUAGUUUAAGUUACGUUCGUCAGAAAAAAAUUCCCACAAUACUAAAUUCAGCAUCUUUUGUACUUUUACCAGAUUCUUAUACAAAAGAUUACCUUGAUGUUAAUCGUCUGUUGCGGUUGCAUGACACUGAAAAUUCUCAAUGCAAAUUCGAUUCAUCAAAUAAUAUAGAGUCAUCAGGAGGAUCUUUAGUCUGGUCAUCUGAUACUCAACUCCGUUUGUUAUUCAACAGCGAACGUUUACAUAUAGAUGGUAUUUUUUCAAGUUCACCUCUAGGUUUCGAGCAAAUCUUCAAUAUACAAUUAAUUCAUCAUGGAACACGAAUUGAACGUAAUUUAAAAAUUUGGGGAAAUAAUCGUAAUUAUUUAAUAACUCGUCAACGCGCUCAAUUGAUUAUGUUUCAUAUUGUUUUGUUGGAUUAA